UUCCUAUAAUAACGAGUUUCUUUUUUCCACUGAGUCAGUGCAAAUCUACGCAGGUAUAAAGAAAAGGCAUCGAGUUUUGCGACGUAAGUAAGAAAGAGAUGCCAGAUAAUUGUUUACUAAUUAAACACGUGUGGUGGUGGACUAAAACUGACAAAUUUUACGGUGCGCUUCGGGCAGCACACCAGGUCAAUACUGGGUCAAAAUCUAGCAAAUAAAGAAGGGGUUUGACAGCAGUAAAGUUGGCUAUAUGACAAAGCGAGAUACUCGUGUAUCAGCGGAUUAAUCUGGCUUUUAUUUAACUUCACAUAUUCAAAUUGAAUCAAAAUAAGUUAAUAUGCAGAAAAAAACAGCCCGACGUGAUUGUUUCAUUCCGGGUUGUGCAUCCCAGAUGGGACAAGUCGUGUUCAUGAGUGCAUACAAAUCCGAUGGUUUACAACGCUGGUGGAGUGAAACUAUAUGGGCACAAAAACGCAAAAAUAAACAAAUACCAAAAAAUUCUCGCGUUUGCGAAAAGCACUUUGAAGAAAAGUAUAUUGAUCGUAGUUACAAGAUGCCCCGAUUAUUUCCUGAUGCUUGGCCUACGAUGAACAUAGCAACAGUUUUUUCUGAAGAACUUGUUUGCUCAGAAAGACAAAGUGACGAUCAAAAAACAGACGUUAAACAAGAAGUUAACCCUAGGGUUUACUGCCGAUUCUGUGGUCGAAAAGAAAAUCGUCCGAUCGAAAACCAACUUCACCAAUUACCUAAUGGCAAAGAAUUUUUGAAAUUCUGUUUGGGUCAAUAUUAUCAAAAAGAAUAUUUCCCGCAAGGAAUUUGCGAAAAUUGCAUGGAAACAGUACAGUUUUUGUUGAACUUUGUGAGACAAUGCAAUGAAACUCAGCAUCGAUUUGAUCAGAUUUUUGAACCACAGGAGCUCAAACUGGAGUUGAAUUGCGAUAUUACGGAAAAUAUACUGUUGAAACAAGAAAAAGAUGAAGAAUCUGAGUAUAUCAACGAAACAGAUAAUUCCAAAGAAAUGCGUUUUAAACCGGAAAAGGCAUUCAUACAAGAUGCUUCAGAUGACGAAACUUUUAUUGCAUCCGACCAAGAGAGUUCCGAUUCUUUUCGAUCUGAUGAAGAAUUUAGGCCAGACGUUAAUAACAAAUUAACAAUUGCAAACGCGAAAGCACUUAAAUCUAGGAUACGAGUUGAAAGUGAUUCGGAAUGUGAUUCUGAUACUAAACCUCUUAUUAAACGCAAAUAUAGAAAAAAAACUGAAUCUAAGCGAACAACCGAAUUCAAAGAUAAUCUUAUAGUUGUUGAUGAUUUUCCUGAUUCUGAACAAGAUAGUUAUGUGACGAAGAAAAUACGCCAACCAAAACCAAAACGAGAGCGAUCAUCGGCAGGCCCAGGCGAGACAAGUCGAAUAUGUCCAAUUUGUGGCAAAAUUUUAGUACACAAAGGCAAUUUUACAUCGCACUUGAAAAUUCAUAGUGACAAGAAAGACUAUGUGUGCAACAUUUGUGGAAAACAGUACUACAUACGGCGAGAAUUGCAAAUGCACAUCGAGUCUUUACACGAAAAAAAAACCUUUGUUUGCAAUAUUUGCGGCAUUAAAUGCGCUUGGAGAAAAGGUUUGCAAAGACAUAUGAAGAAUAAACAUUCCGAUGAAAGUUCUUUAAAGCAUAAAUGUACUUACUGUGGCAAAGCUUUCCUUCUACCGAAUCAGUUGAGGCUGCAUAUUAUGAAACAUACAGGAGACAGGAUUACCUGUGAUCUAUGCGGUGCUGGUUACAGAUUCAAUUAUAUGUUGACACAACAUAAAAUUCGCGAACAUGGCAUGGAGUUCAAGGGUGUGAAACUCUACAAGACUAGUAGUCGGUCUCGCAAAACUGUAGAAGCAAAACCUCCGGCAAACACAGUAAGCAGUACUGCUAUAGCAAACGUUGAUGACACUCAACCCAGUUCUGCGAGCGUUUCUCAUCUAACGGAUUCGAAUCAUGGUCCAAUUGCAUCGGUUGGGCCUUCGCAAUCCCAUCAUAUUCCUCAAUCGCAACAGGCGCAACAUGAGGAGAAUAUUCAGCAAUAUCAUACUACGACUCAAUUGGAACGUGUCCACUAUCAACCGAGCUUCGUUUACUCAACCGGAUCUGCCCCUGUAAUGAUGCUUCCUUCCAGCGGUGUUUACAAUGGUUAGCGAAAACGAUAAGCAACAAUAUAUCAUUGAUUUUGUUUUAAAAUAAAGAAUCGCUAACGCA